AUGCACAGUUACGACAACGAGUGGAGGUUUGACAACGUGGCGGGCGAAGCCAUUGGUUUAGGGUCUCGUGGGAAUACGGCAGAAGCUCCUACAAACAAAACCCUUUCUAGAGAAUACGUCAGGCCGCCAGUACCUCUGGACAAAUCAAUAGGCAAAUCUACUACGGAGAAAUCUGAAGAUGUUUCUGGUGAGAACGUGAAAAAGGUUGCUAUAAAAAACACCGACUUUGAAGAAUACGUCAGGCCACCAGAACCUCCGGACAAAUCAAUAGGCAAAGUUACUACGAAGAAAUCUAAAGAUGGUUCUGGUGAGAUAAAGAAAUUAGUUGCAAUAAAAAUCACCAGAUCUGGAGAAUACGUCAGGCCACCAAUACCUCCGGACAAAUUAAUCGGCAAAGUUACUACGAAGAAAUCUAAAGAUGAUUCUGGUGAGAACGUGAAAAAAGUUGCUAUAAAAAACACCGACUUUGAAGAAUACGUCAGGCCACCAGUACCUCCGGACAAAUUAAUCGGCAAAGUUACUACGGAGAAAUCUAAAGAUGGUUCUGGUGAGAUAAAGAAAUUAGUUGCAAUAAAAAUCACCAGAUCUGGAGAAUACGUCAGGCCACCAAUACCUCCGGACAAAUUAAUCGGCAAAGUUACUACGAAGAAAUCUAAAGAUGAUUCUGGUGAGAACGUGAAAAAAGUUGCUAUAAAAAACACCGACUUUGAAGAAUACGUCAGGCCACCAGUACCUCCGGACAAAUUAAUCGGCAAAGUUACUACGGAGAAAUCUAAAGAUGGUUCUGGUGAGAACGUGAAAAAAGUUGCUAUAAAAAACACCGACUUUGAAGAAUACGUCAGGCCACCAGUACCUCCGGACAAAUCAAUAGGCAAAGUUACUACGGAGAAAUCUGUAGAUGGUUCUGGUGAGAUAAUGAAAAAAGUUGCAAUAAAAAUCACCAGAUCUGCAGAAUACGUCAGGCCACCAGUACCUCCGGACAAAUUAAUCGACAAAGUUACUACGAAUAAAUCUAAAGAUGGUUCUGGUGAGAACGUGAAAAAAGUUGCUAUAAAAAACACCGGCUUUGAAGAAUACGUCAGGCCACCAGUACCUCCGGACAAAUCAAUAGGCAAAGUUACUACGGAGAAAUCUGUAGAUGAAGAUGGUCCUUAUGAAGUUACACGACAAUUGGCGCGAUCCACCGAUCUCCAACUGUCCAGAGUUACGGAAAGCUGCUAUGAACAAUUGAAAUCGGCAAUUGAAGAUGACGUAGAGCACAUUAGUGAGUCGCUCAUCAGUAAAUGGCGGAUGUCAGAAAUCAACCUUGAGAAAAUCAGAACAUUGAUCAGAAAUAAUCAAAGAAGAAAUGCCUCGCAAUACACUUUGGAAUCAAUACUUGGCGGAGAUACUGUGAACUGUAGAAUGUUUUGGAAUGUACUUUCCGAAACGCAAAUAAACCCGCAGUAUUUGAUGAAGUUGCUGACGCAGGACAUCGAGAGAGAUGUGAAACAUCGACACAGAUGCAAUCUCAGAAGUCAGAGCAGGAAACUAAACUUGCUCAAGCCACGUUUAAUUUCUGACAUGUACACUGAGCCAACGAUUACCGUGAUACAACAUGAGCAUGCAAAUGUAACAAGAGAAAGUAAUGAACCUACUGGAAAAGUUGAGAACCCUGAAUUAUUCAGACCAAGCAACAGAGAUUCCGAUAGGUCGACGAUCAGCGUCGUCUGUGGGCCUGCAGGAACUGGGAAAACUACCCUGAUUCAGAAGUUAAUCUAUGACUGGGCGACAGGAAUGAAACAUGAAGAGUUCAGUUUUGUCCUUCAUUUCAAAAUUCAGAACCUAAAAGCAAUGAAAGGACUCAUAACUUUAAAUAGACUGACACUUGACGUAUAUCCUUAUAUGGAAAAUUAUUUGGAUCAUCUGUGGAAUGAACCCAAGAAGUUAUUGUUUAUAUUUGAUGAUUUAGAUCAAUUGUAUCUACCAUUAACUCUCCCUGACGCUGGUAGAAACAGCAAUCCACGAUACAGAUGUACCGACACAGAGUCUGAACAUUUAGUAUGCGAUAUCGUACGCUGUCUCCUGCAGGGAGAAUUUCUAAGAGGUUGCUCUGUGCUGAUCACAACCCGAGUUUGGAAUCUAGAACUUCUCGAUCACGUAACAGCAGAUUCAAAUUUCCAGGUUCUGGGAUUCACUACUAAGAAAGCAAAAGAAUAUUUUUGCCGUUAUCUCUGCAAUCGACAGAAUGCAAAUCAAAUUGUGGAAUUAAUUGAGCAGAAUGAAAUAUUGUGGAAUAUGUGUAGAAACCCUUUAUUUUGCGUCACCCUCGCCUCGUCACUAGUAUCUUGCCAGGCACAAGGAGGACAGAUAACAAUCCCUAUCGUAAGCCAUACCAAGGUGCUCUCUGACUACGUCACACACCUUCUCGCAAAAUGUGGUUACAGCAGUGACAUAAAUCGGAAGUGUUUAAUUGUAGUUGGUGAACUGGCUGAGAAGGGAAUUAGGCAAAACACUCUUUCGUUUGAAGGCGACUCAUUAAGGGUUCUGGAUUCUUGUCCUCCCAUGUUUAUCUCUGCGUUUAUGUACCAGGAUCCAGACAAACAGAGUGGUGGUAUUAUUUACGAAUUCAGGCACUCCGUUUUACGAGACUUCCUUGCUGCACUCACCAAUGUCCUAAAUGCUCCAACAUCUCGACUGAAACGGAUAAUCGAUGAAAGAUCUACAGACGUUACAGGGAGAUUCAGUACAUUUUCAAUUUUUCUUGUCGGCCUGUCUUCCCGGAAGUCAACUGAUCGCUUAGAGAAGGAACUGCAGACAUUCCCUACUGAAGUUACUUCCUGUAUCUCCGAAUGGCUCACACAAAGUGUCAGCAGACGCUUGACGGACAUGGAUACAAAGCAUACUCAAAAAAUGUUUUUAAGCAUAUUGUACUCCUUACUUGAAUUUGGAGACAAUGACAUAGUGACGGAAGUGCUGAAUACCAUUACAAGCAUUAAAUUAAAUCAGCUUCGUCUGAAAUCUCCCGACUACAUUGUUUUAUCCAGAACUUUAAACUCUCUUGAAGUGAUUCAAGAACUGGACCUCAGUUCGUGCUUUGCACAACCAGAGGAAAUUUGGAAACUGGAACAACUGCUGCCCAGAUGUGUAAUUCUCAGAUUGAAUCAGAAUAAUCUACAAGAUUCUGGAAUGAAGCGCCUCUUCGAUGUUCUGAACAGGAGUAAAGUGAAAACACUGACGCUGCAAUCUAACCAUCUUACAGACAAUUGUCUGGAGAGUGUCUUCUCUGCUCUGACUAAAAACCCUUCGCUGAUGCAGCUGAACCUAAGCAACUCCAGUCAGGAUGAGAAACAGGCCAAUCAAUUUACUGUUGAAAAACUGAAAUAUCAUUAUGAGAGAUCUACUCAGCAGAAGGAAAUAAAAUGGCUACGCAUUAAAAAUAUUGGACAAGACAUCACACGUUCCAGCAGAGAAUCAAACUGUUUAACCCUGACAACAGACUGAACGUCUAUAAAACUUUACAUUUAAUAUGAAACAGUACUUGAUGAUAUGGACCGUUCAGUUCAUCGUAGCCUGGCGAUAUGGAACAAAAUCUGAUGUGGACCGUUUAGUUCAUUUCAGCUUGGUGAUAACGCCAGGACCUUUGACAUGGUAGAGAACUGAAACUUAAAAGAAGUUCUCAACUACUUAGAGCAAACACGAGGAAAUCUGCAGAUGCUGGAAAUUCAAGCAACACACACAAAAUGCUGGUGGACCACAGCAGGCCAGGCAGCAUCUAUAAGGAGAAGCACUGUCGACGUUUCAGGCCGAGACCCUUCGUCAGGACUGACGAAGCAUUUUGUAUGUGUUGUUCUCAACUAGCUUGCAGUUUUGCUUUUUGUAUUGUGGGUAGAAUGGUGGAGUGACAGGUUGGUUGCUGAAAGAGCAACCAGGCUGCAUAAGGGGGAAUCUAAUAGGGGAGGACAGAAGGCCAUUGAAGAAAUAAAAAAGGGGAGGAGCACCAGCAGAAGAGGGAGGCGAUGGACGGAAACGUACAUAAGGUGAGAUAGAGAGAAGUGUGGGACUGGAAAAGGGGAUGGGGUGUCCACUUUAAUCGGUUCCAGAAAUUGAUGUUCAUGACGUCAGGUUGGAGGCUACCACGACAGAAUAUAACAUUUUUCUUCUACAUCCUAUGAUCAACUCAUUUCUCCCCGCUUAUCUCCUUCCUAAAACUCAUUCUAACUGACAGAUAUUGCAUUAACGUUUUUGGCACAUUGUCAGAAGAUCGUCUGUAUAGAAUUGUGCAAACAUUAGAGAGAAUCACCGAUCUCCAGCUGCACAGCGUUACGUCAAACCACCAUUAGCGAGCGGCAUCGGCAAUUAAAGAUGUCAUGGAGAGCAUUAGUGAUCAGUCCUAAGUGAGGGGCACAUGACGGAAUUAAACCUGGAGGUAUAGAUAAUGUCUUUAGGAGUGAUAUAUUAAGUCAUAUAUACGACAUUUUCUGAAGAAUGCUUAAAGGUUGCCAAGUUACGAUGCAGCCAUUAUUAUUAAUUAUUUGAAUUACUUUUAAAAAUAAAUUGUUAAUGUAGUCCUUGUUUUGAAGCUGAAACUUCAAGUGAACAGCUGUCGUGCAUUGCUAUGUUUAGAUGUUUACAGGUCGGAGGUGGUCAGGUAGAUAAUCAGAACGGUAGGCAGUACUAGUGUUAGUAUAGCAAUUACCGGCUGCUCGCUCCAUAAGACGAUAAGAUAUAGGAGCAGAGGUAGUGCAUUGAGCCCAUCGAGUCUGCUCCACCAUUCAAUCACGGGCUGACCCAACUCUUCCAGUCAUCCCUGUCCAAUGUCUUCUCACCAUACCGUUUGAUGGUCAGGCUAAUCAAGAACUUAUUUAUCUCUGCUUCAAGGGCACCCAAAAAUGUUUACUGCACGGCCGCUCAUGGGAACAAAAUCCAUAGAUUUACCAGCUUCUGACUAAAGUAAUUUAUCCACAUCUUUGUUCGAAACGGACGUCCAGCAGUCCUAAAUACGUGUUCUCUUGUCCGGGACUCCCCUACCCUUGGAAAUAACUUUGCUGUAUAUAUAAUCUGUUCAGGCCUUUUAACAUUCAGAAUGUUUCUAUGAGAUGCCCUCAAUCUGCUGUACUUCAGGGAAUACAGACCAAGAGCUCCCAGAUGUUCCCCAUGCGGUAACCCUUUCGUUCAGGAAACAUUUUUUUAAACUUCUCCGAACCUUCUCCAAUAUCAGUAUAUCUUUCUAAAAUAAGGGGCCCAAAACCGCACACAAUACCCCAAGUGUGGUCUCACGAGUGCCUUAUACAGCCUCAACAUCACAUCCCUGCUCUUAUAUUCUAUACCUCCAGAAAUUAAUGUCAGCAUUACAUUCGCAUUCUUCACGACCGACUCACCUGGAGUACCACAUGUACUGCAUCUCCUUUGUCUACCCUGUUUGUAAUUUCCUGGAUAUUCUGAAGUAGGUUAGUCAGGCAGGGUUCUACUUGCAGGAAACCAAUGCUGGCUUUGGCCUGUCCUGUUAUGAUCCUCCAGAUACUUCGUAAUCUCAUCGCUAACAAUCGAUUCCAACAAC